AUGCAGUUCUCUCUUGCCACCAUCGCUACCGUGGCUGCCGCCGUCUCGGCCCUCGUUUGUCCCUACACAAAGCGAGAUGCUGUGGCCGCCUUCACCUCGCCCCCUCUCUCUUCUGCUGACCACAAGAGCUGUCCUGCUGACACUCCUGUAUCAUGCUCCUCUGGCGCCGGCUCUGCCGACCUCUGCUGUACCGAGUCCCCUGGCGGUGUGCUCGUCUUGACCCAGUUCUGGGACUGGACCCCUGCUAUUGGCCCCGAUGACCUCUUCACCCUGCACGGUCUGUGGCCCGAUAACUGUGACGGAUCGUACGCACAGUUCUGCGACAAGAGCAUGGAGGUGCAGUCAGUGGCCGCCGUUCUGCAGCAGCUCGGAGAGACCGAGCUCCUCGACAAGAUGAACAAGAUCUGGAUCCCCAACCGAGGCUCCACCGACUCCUUCUGGACCCACGAGUGGAACAAGCACGCCACCUGCAUGUCCACCCUUAAGGACAAGUGCUACAGCUCCGAUGCUCCGCAGUAUCAGUCCCUUGCCGACUGGGCCCACACCGUUGUCAACGUGUUUGAGACCGUCAACACCUACAAGUUCCUCGAGGCCGCUGGAAUCACCCCCGACUCCUCCAAGACCUAUGCCAAGACUGACUUCCUCAACGCCCUCAACUCAAACUUUGAUGGUAAGCAGGUUCACAUCUCGUGCAAGUCUGGCUACAUCUCUGAAGUUUGGUACUACUUCCACCUCAAGGGCUCUGUUGUGUCCGGCCAGUACCUCCCCAUUGACGACAUUGGAUCCUCCAGCUGCCCCGACCAGAUCAAGUUCCCUCCCAAGGACGGAUCUGGCGGAACUCCUCCUCCCACCGACCCCUCCGAUCCUCCCACCGGCGGCUCCAAGGGCUUCAUCAACAUCUCCGGCCAAUCUGGAUGCCUCAUCUCCAAUGGUAACUGGUACACGUCCGGUACUUGUGCCACCUACACCCUUGGCGAGUCCCAAUACGGCGGUGUCACUCUUACCUCUUCCAAGGGCCCCUGCGAUGUUGUUAACGGCAAGUUCUCUUGUGCUUCUGGCAACAACGCUGGCCAGUUCACUCAGGACGGCAGCAACAUUGUCUACGGCGGAAAGUCCGACUGGUCUGCUCCCUCAGUACCCUCUGGCUCCCAGCAGGUUGGCGUUUCUCCUGGUUCCGCCGGAGGUUCCGUUUCCUUCAACCUUGUCUUUGCCGCUAAGUAG